AUGCAGAUCGUCAAUCUCUCUCUCCUCGUCCUCGCGAUUCGUCUCGCGUCCGCUGCUCCCAUUCCAGCACCAAACCCAAGUGGACACCUCGUUAAAUCUCUUGCACAUGGUGCAGCUGCCGUAGCGGAUUCCGGUUCCGUCACGGACGGUAUUGCCGCAGCAGUCUCUCAUCAUCACCACCACUCAAACCCGCAUUAUGAACACUCACAUACACAAUCUGAAACCCGCCGUAGCAUCGAGCGUCGGGGACCCAAGGGCAAAGGCAAGGGCGGUGGAGGCGUCAACCUCAAUGUAAAUGUCGACGCGAGUGUAAUCCACCAUCAUGACAAGCGCUCGCCAGAGCCAGAGCCGCAUCAUGUUCACUUCCAUGCUGGAGGUCAAGAACAGCAGAAACGAUCAUUGAGCACACGAUCCCCGACUCACCCUCACUCUCAACACCAGCAUCAUCCUCACUCACACCACAUGCAUGCUUCUCACUCCGUUGACGAGAGUCAGUCCGGGGGUGGAGAUGCAAGCCAAGGAGACGUCCGCAAGCGCUCACCAGAGCCAGAGCCGCAUCAUGUUCACUUCCAUGCUGGAGGUCAAGAACAGCAGAAACGUUCAUUGAGCGCACGAUCCCCGACUCACCCUCACUCUCAACACCAGCAUCAUCCUCACCCACACCACAUGCACGCUUCUCACUCCGUUGACGAGAGUCAGUCUGGAGGUGGAGAUUCAAGCCAAGGAGACGUCCGCAAGCGCUCACCAGAGCCAGAGCCGCAUCACAUUCACUUCCACGCUGGAGGUCAAGAACAGCAGAAACGAUCAUUGAGCGCACGAUCCCCGACUCACCCUCACUCUCAACACCAGCAUCAUCCUCACCCACACCACAUGCACGCUUCUCACUCCGUCGACGAGAGUCAGUCCGGGGGUGGAGAUGCAAGCCAAGGAGACGUCCGCAAGCGCUCACCAGAGCCAGAGCCGCAUCAUAUUCACUUCCACGCUGGAGGUCAAGAACAGCAGUAG